CAUUCCAUUUAUUAUUGCCCUCUACUCCACCUCCCUCUCUCUCUCCCCCUCCCUCUAUACACAUUCUUUCUUUGCCCAGAUUUCUUCUCAUCAAACCCACUUCUCAUAUUCCUCAUUAACACCAACACUCUCCGAAGCAGAGAACAGAGACCCACCCCGGUUGAGCCUCUUGGUGUGUUUCUGAAGAAGAAGAAGAAGCUGUUUGCGGAGGAGCAGUGAACAAUGGAGGCUGCACUUGGUGGGUUCUUCGUGGUAAGUUGAGUUCUUUGAGAAGAGAUUGCUCUCUGGCUUUCGCAGAACAAGUAUAGAACGAUAAUGGGUUCAUGAAAAAUCCGGAAAAGAUGAAACUGUUCGACAUUUGGGUCCCGAAAAGUUAGAAUAAUCUUUGUUCAAUGGAUUUGGUGCAAAAUUCUGCAUGGCGUAGUUCUUGGCUUUUGGAGUAUUAUAGAUUACAGAUCGACCAGACAAACUUAUCGUAGCACUAAGGACUCAGCAGAGGACAGUAGUGGCAGUCAACACUCUGUUCUGUUGUCGGUCUUUGGCGUGUCGGAUCUUUUCUUAAAAUGGAAAGGAGGAGGAGGGGAAGCGGCUUUCAGUUGCUUCUUCCCCUUGAGCUCUUUCUUCGGCUUGCUUUGGUGCUGAACUUGUGGAGCUCUGCCUCGGCCUUAGGCUCGAUGUCCUCAAUUGCCAUCUCAUAUGGUGAAAACGGCCCGGUCUUUUGUGGUCUCAGCUCAGAUGGUUCCCACCUCGUGAACUGUUACGGGUCGAACUCGGCAAUAAUCUAUGGACUUCCCACCCAUUUGCCGUUUCUCGGGUUAACUGCCGGUGAUGGGUUUGUCUGCGGGCUUCUGAUGGCCACGAGUCAGCCUUACUGCUGGGGAAGCAGCAGCUACAUUCAGAUGGGCGUCCCUCAACCCAUCACAAAAGGGGCUGAGUACAGCGAGAUCAGCGCUGGGGAUUACCACUUGUGUGGGCUGAGAAAGCCUGUGAUCAAGCGCAGGGGUGGGAAUUUCUCGUUAGUCGAUUGCUGGGGAUAUAAUAUGACUGCAACCUAUGUCUUUAACGGACCUGUGGGGUUGAUAUCAGCGGGCUCUGGCUUCAACUGCGGGCUUUUCUCGAUUAAUAAGACAGUAUUCUGUUGGGGCGACCAGACGAGCAGUGGGGUCAUUAGCUUGGUCCCCAAGCAACUCAGGUUCCAAAAGAUAGCAGCGGGUGGGUACCAUGUCUGUGGGAUCCAAGAAGGCGAGAAUUCUCGGGUUUUCUGUUGGGGGAGGAGUCUCAACAUCGAGGAGGAAAUCUCAGUGGGAUAUUCUUCGUAUUCACGUCAGGUGAGUCCAAUGCCGAGAGACCCAAUGGUCUCUAUUGUUGGGGGAAAAUUUCAUGCUUGCGGGAUCAAAGCAUCCAACCACACUGUAACCUGCUGGGGCUUUAUGAUGAAAAGUAGUACUCCUGCCCCGAGCAAUGCUAGAGUUCUCGAAAUUGCAGCAGGAAAUUACUUCACUUGUGGGGUCCUCGCCGAGAAAUCUCUGAUGCCCGUCUGUUGGGGCGUUGGCUUCCCGACUUCACUCCCCAUAGCUGUGUCUCCUGGGCUCUGCAAGUUGACUCCCUGUUCUCCUGGUUCGUAUGAGUUUAGCCCCCAUGGUGGUAAUGCUCCGUGUAGCUCCCCGGGUUCGAGGGUUUGCUUGCCUUGCAGCAGUCCAUGCCCUAACGAGAUGUAUGAGAGAGAGAAGUGCUCUCUGAGGUCUGAUCGGAAAUGCUGGUACAACUGUUCAGGUUGCUUCUCAUCUGAAUGCUUCUCGAACUGUUCAAAUUCGGGCAAUGGGAAGAGGGAUGAUCGAAAUGAUAGAUUCUGGGCUCUUCAGUUGCCUGUCAUUGUUGCAGAGAUUGUAUUUGCUAUAUUUGUGGUAAUAGUCGUGUCAAUAACUGCUGUUCUAUAUGUCCGCUACAAGUUGCGAAAUUGCGAAUGCUCGGGAGGAAAAUUGAGCGUCAAGAAAGGGAAUAAACUGCAUGCGGUGAAUUCUCCUAAUGAUAAUGUUGUGAUCGGAUCUGACUUCGAUGAGCUCAAGAUCAGGAGGGCUCGAAUGUUUACUUAUGAAGAGCUUGAGCGGGCAACCGACGGUUUUAAGGAAGAAUCCCAGGUGGGGAAAGGAAGCUUUUCUUGCGUGUUCAAAGGGGUACUGAAGGAUGGGACGGUGGUAGCGGUGAAGAGGGCUAUAAUGUCCUCGUCUACUGAUAACAAGCAGAAAAACUCAAAGGAAUUCCGGACAGAGUUGGACCUCUUAUCAAGAUUGAACCAUGCCCACUUGCUCAAUUUGCUCGGGUACUGCGAAGGAGGAGAGAGGCUCUUAGUGUAUGAGUUCAUGGCCCAUGGAUCGCUGCACCAGCACCUCCAUGGGAAAGAUCGGGCCCUAAAGGAGCAGUUGGACUGGGUGCGACGGGUCACAAUUGCAGUCCAGGCAGCUCGAGGAAUCGAAUACUUGCAUGGGUAUGCCUGCCCACCUGUUAUUCACCGGGACAUUAAGUCCUCGAACAUCCUCAUUGACGAAGAGCACAAUGCCCGAGUGGCUGAUUUCGGGCUCUCCCUGCUGGGUCCUGCAGACAGUGGGUCCCCGCUGGCAGAACUGCCAGCUGGGACACUCGGCUACCUGGAUCCCGAGUAUUACAGGCUCCACUACCUAACCACCAAGUCAGAUGUGUACAGCUUCGGGGUCCUGCUGCUGGAGAUCCUUAGUGGUCGCAAAGCGAUUGAUAUGCAGUAUGAGGAGGGCAACAUAGUCGAGUGGGCAGUCCCUUUGAUAAAAACUGGGGAUGUGUCCAGGAUCCUGGACCCUGACCUGAAGGCCCCAAGCGAUCUUGAAGCAUUGAAACGGAUUGCAAAUGCGGCAUGUAAGUGCGUAAGGAUGAGGGGCAAAGAUCGGCCCUCGAUGGAUAAGGUGACAACAGCUUUAGAACGGGCUCUAGCACAGUUGAUGGGAAGCCCGUGCACGGACCAGCCCAUUUUACCGACCGAGGUUGUGCUCGGGAGCAGUCGGCUCCACAAGAAGUCAUCCCAGCGGUCCUCAAACCAGUCGAUCUCUGAGGCUGACAUGGUGGAACCCGAGGACCAGAGGAUUGAGUUCAGGGCUCCCUCAUGGAUUACCUUCCCAAGUGUGACCUCAUCCCAGAGACGGAAGUCAUCAGUCUCAGAGGCUGAUAUCGAAGGCAAGAACUUGGAGCCGAGAAAUACGGGACGUGUAGGAAGUGGACUCGGGGAUGGGCUGAGGUGCCUGGAGGAAGAGAUCGGGCCCGCUUCCCCACACGAGAACUUGUUUUUGCAGCACAACUUCUAAUGUGAACUCGAAUGAGAAGCAAGGCUGCUAAUGCUACCUUGUCAUCACUGAUUGCUCUGGCUCUGGACUAUCACUGGCGCUACAGUGGGAACUUGGUUAACAGCUUCUUGAUAGACGCGGUUGGGCUUGGAUCCUUCCGCUGCCAAUCUUUCGUUUUUGAUUCAAUGUGUGCAACCGAGUGUAGUAACUUUCUGACGAUUCGGGUGGGUCUUUAGAUUUCUAGAGAAGUCCUCACUGUACUUAAGAAAUUAUUUGCCAUCACCUUCUUGAUUGAUCUCUUCUCUGAGGGUAACUGCAUUGUAAUUUUUUCUGUUAUAGAUAAUUAUGUAUUGGUGGGGCUGCCUGCCAUGCCAGUUUUGGCUAUUGAACAGCAGUUUGUACCUAUCUAUCUAUUGCUGUAAUGCAAUGUGAUGUAAUGAGAGUUGUAAUU